CACACCAUAAAAACCGAAAAAAGACCAAUUAUAGUAUAUAUUUUAAAUAUAUACACAAAUAUAGCGCUAUAUAAUCGCCUGACUGAUAAGUCGCCGCGCUUAGUGCACGCAAAAAAAAUUAGAAAUCAAGUCGCAUUGCAACUUUUGAACUCGUCGCGCUGCGAUGAUUUCCCAUACAGUGAGAGUAUUUAAGCUGAUGUAUAUCGUUGCUGGCAUUCUGAUAAGCAAUGAGGAAAUCUGUGAUACAGUCGAUCGCAUACAGAUUGCGCCACGCGUCGAGAUGAAGAACGAGCUGGAGCAUCGAGGAUCGCGACGUUCGCUGAAGGAGGACAGCGGCUCACCCAAGUCGAAGCGCAGGCGCAAGGUCAGCGUCACGGGCCUGGCAGGCGACGUGGUGCGCGGUGUCACCAGCAAGGUGACCAACCAGGUGACCAGCCGCAUGGGCAAUCGCUGCAGCUGGCUGUACGACGUGCCCCACAUUGUGGCGCAGUGGCGCAAGCUGGCGCUCAGCUUCACCGUCUGGACCAUACCCAACUGGCUGCUGGAGUACACGUCCAGCUACAUCAGCCGAAAGUUCUUUCUAAACAGCGACUGUGAUAUGAUCUACAAAUAGCUCGAGGGCGCUUCGAACUGCUUAGGCUUAACUGUGUAUGCCCUAGAAUCGGUUAAUAUGUAUACUUAACGAAUUGUAUAACACCCAAGGGCAGAGAAAUCGCCCAAUACAUAUAGUCCCUAUAUAGACGGUCUGCCUGUCCGCCUAUCGGAACUCGACUCGGCGGGCAGCUAAGCUGAUGAAACUUUGUACAGCUACGGCAUUUGACUGCCGGCGUAGCAUAUAUAAAAGCUAAUCGAAUCGAUUAACUAUAUCACAUAGAGGUCAGUUAUAUAUAUGACCGACAAUCUAGAUCUUAUAUGAUAAACUUAUUCAAACUUGUGCAAUUGCGAGUCUUUAAGUUU